AUGGAAUUAUAUUCACCAGAAGGACUUAGAAUAGAUGGAAGAAGAUGGAAUGAAUUACGUAGAUUUGAAUGUCGUAUCAAUACCCAUCCAAACUCAUCGGAUGGUUCCUCAUACGUUGAACAAGGUAAUACCAAAGUGAUGUGUACAGUACAAGGACCAAUAGAACCAACAUUAAGAUCUCAACAACAUUCUGAACGAGCAAAUAUAGAAGUGAAUUUAAAUAUUGCAAGUUUUUCAACUUUUGAAAGGAAAAAACGAAGUAGAAAUGAAAGAAGAUUAGUUGAACUUAAAACUACUUUAGAAAAAACAUUUGAAGAAAGUGUGAUGAUAAAUUUAUAUCCAAGAACAAAUAUUGUUAUAAAUGUUCAAGUAUUAUGUCAAGAUGGAGGAAUGUUGGCUACAAUUAUUAAUUCUAUCACAUUAGCACUCAUUGACGCUGGUAUAUCAAUGUAUGAUUACGUGAGUGGAGUAUCUUGUGGAUUAUAUGAUCAAACUCCUUUAUUGGAUGUAAAUAAUUUAGAAGAACAUGACAUGAGCUGUUUAACAAUUGGUGUUAUUGGUAAAAGUGAGAAAUUAGCAUUAUUAUUGUUAGAAGAUAAAAUGCCAUUAGAUAGAUUAGAAUCAGUAUUAUCAAUUGGUAUUGCUGGAAGUCAUAAAAUAAGAGAAUUAAUGGACCAAGAAGUGAGAAAACAUGGGAUUAUUAGGGCUUCUAAAAUGCAAUAA